AAAGAAAGACAAAGAACCGUAGAUGUGCCGAAAUAGAUCUGGGGGAUAAGCCAAGAUAACAUUCAUGUCAGAUUCACAGACAUGACGUACAGCUACAUCCUGCCCUUUGCGCGUGCCAUUCAGGAGAUCAAUGAGAAUCCCAGACUCUUACCCAACAUCACCCUGGGCUACAACCUCUACGAGAACUAUUUCAAUGUCUGGACGACAUCUGAGGCCGUGGCAGACCUGUUGUCACCUGGGCAGCAGAAUAUUCCAAACUACAGCUGCGGACGGCAGACUCACCCACUGGCUAUUCUCGAAGGGUCCGAAUCUGACAUCUCCAUCCAUAUUUCAGCCAUGUCAAGCAUCUACAAGAUCCCACAGGUCAGCUAUGGUUUUGUUUCUUCUCUUCUUAAUGAUAAAACUCAGUUCCCAUAUUUUUACCGGAUGCUCCCCAAAGAAGAAACCAAGUACCCGGGGGUUGUGAAACUGCUCCUGCAUUUCAGAUGGACGUGGAUCGGUCUUAUUGCUCCAGACACUGAUGAUGGGGAAAGAUUCAGGAGGACUUUGACCACUCUCUUCACUGGGAGCGGUGUUUGCCUGGAGAACAAAGCAUUCGCUAGCUGGCACGCCUUUCUCCUCUCCAGCCAGUGUUUCACCGAAAUGCUGACUAUGCUGGGCGGGGGAAAGCCCCAGCUUUUUCUCCUGGGCAUUGGCCCUGCCCCCAUGUCUGAUGUCAGAAGCAAGGGGGCGGGGUCAAUGCAGAGGAUGGGGCCCAUCAGCCCAGCAGAGCUUCCCUUCCCCAGUUAG